AUCAGGACAGGCAAAAGCGCGCCGUGGAAACUACGCUACUACUGCUUAAACUUAUUUUAUUGCGCAUGAUACGUUAAACGGGACGACGGCACCGGGAGGAACGAUUAAAAUCACAUCGAAAACACUGUACGUCGAAAACUGUCACAAGCGGACGUUUCUUCUCUUUUCAGCUAAAAAGAGGAUAUGUUGUUGGACAUGUGAAUUAUUAGGAGUUACUGGCACUCACCCCCCAAAAUGAAGCUCGCCUCCUUGCUGUAUUUCUUCGGCUCUCUCCUCACUUCUGUCGUGGUUCGGGUGAGAUCUUCACAGUCAGCGGUAUGCGCGGGGACAGAGAACAAGCUGAGCACGCUCUCCGACCUGGAGCAGCAGUACCGCACCCUCCGCAAGUACUACGAGAACUGCGAGGUCGUCAUGGGCAACCUGGAGAUCACCAGCAUCGACCGCAACCGCGACCUGUCCUUCCUCAGGUCCAUCCGGGAGGUGACGGGAUACGUGCUGGUGGCUCUGAACCAGUUUGACUACCUCCCUCUGGAGAACCUGCGCAUCAUCCGCGGGAACAAGCUCUACGAGGACCGCUACUCCCUCGCCAUCUUCCUCAACUACCGCCGCGACGGGAACUUCGGCCUGCGCCAGCUCGGCCUGCGCAACCUCACAGAGAUCCUGAACGGAGGCGUGUACGUGGACCAGAACAAGUUCCUGUGCCACGCCGACACCAUCCACUGGCAGGACAUCGUGAAGAACUCCCGCUCCGAGCUCCUGGUGGUGCCCACCAACAGCAGCGGUGGAUGCGGCCGCUGUCACCGCUCCUGCAAUGGCCGCUGCUGGGGACCCCGAUCCGAUGAGUGCCAGAUCUUGACGAAGACGGUGUGUGCGGAGCAGUGUGACGGCCGCUGUUUCGGACCCUACGUCAGCGACUGCUGCCACCGCGAGUGUGCUGGGGGCUGCUCCGGGCCCAAAGACUCCGACUGCUUCGCCUGCACCAACUUCAACGACAGCGGGGCGUGCGUGACCCAGUGUCCUCAGCCCUUCGUCUACAACCCCACCACCUUCCAGCUGGAGCACAACCCCAGGGCCAAGUACACCUACGGAGCCUUCUGCGUCAAGAAGUGUCCCCAUAACUUUGUGGUGGACCACAGCUCCUGCGUGCGAGCCUGUCCCAGCAACAAGAUGGAGGUGGAGGAGAGCCGCAUCAAGAUGUGUAUGCCCUGCAACGACAUCUGUCCUAAAGCCUGCGACGGCAUCGGCACGGCCAGCCUGCAGUCAGCGCAGACCGUGGACUCCAGCAACAUCGACAAGUUUGUCAACUGCACCAAGAUCAACGGCAACCUGGUCUUCCUCAUCACCGGCAUCAAAGGUGAUGUUUAUCAUGGCAUAGAAGCUCUGGACCCCGAGAAGCUCAACGUAUUCCGAACCGUGAGGGAAAUUACAGGGUUCCUGAAUAUCCAAUCCUGGCCAGAGAACAUGACAGACCUGAGUGUCUUCUCCAACCUUGCAACCAUUGGUGGAAGGUCCCUGUAUAGUGGUAUCUCCCUGCUGAUCCUGAAGCAGCAGUGGAUCUCCUCGCUCCAGCUGCAGUCGCUGGGCGAGAUCAGCGCCGGGAACGUCUACAUCACCAACAACAGCCAGCUGUGCUACUACAACACGGUGAACUGGACCAGCCUGUUCCGCACCAACAACCAGAAGGUCCUGAUCCGGAACAACCGCGAGCCGAGGGAGUGCACUCUGGAGCGCAUGGUAUGCGACCCCCUGUGUUCGGACUCUGGGUGUUGGGGCAGAGGACCGGACCAGUGUCUCUCCUGCCGGUUCUUCAGUCGGGGGAGGAUCUGCGUCGAAUCGUGCAACCUCUACGAAGGGGAUGUGCGUGAGUUUGCGAAUGGCUCCGUGUGCCUGGAAUGUGAUGGACAGUGUGAGAAGGCUGAAGACGACAUGCUGACCUGUCAGGGCCCGGGCCCCGAUCACUGCGUUAAGUGCUCACACUUCAAAGACGGGCCCAACUGUGUGGAGAAGUGUCCAGACGGCCUGCAGGGGACCAACAGCUUCAUCUUCAAAUACGCAGAGGCCAACAAGGAGUGCCAACCCUGCCACGCCAACUGCACACAGGGGUGCAUUGGACCUCGGAUUCAAGACUGCGUGGGGAUGAUGGACAGGACGCCCCUCAUAGCGGCAGGCGUGAUUGGUGGGUUGUUUGUGGUGGUCAUCAUAGCGCUGAGCGUGUCCGUCUACCUCCGCCGCAAGAGCAUCAAGAAGAAGAGAGCUCUGCGCCGCUUCCUGGAGACCGAGUUGGUGGAGCCCCUGACCCCCAGUGGGACGGCCCCGAACCAGGCCCAGCUGCGCAUCCUGAAGGAGACGGAGCUGAAGAGGGUGAAGAUCCUGGGGUCCGGAGCCUUCGGCACCGUGUACAAGGGCAUCUGGGUGCCUGAGGGAGAGACAGUGAAGAUCCCCGUGGCCAUAAAGAUCCUGAACGAGACCACCGGACCCAAGGCCAAUGUGGAGUUCAUGGACGAGGCCCUGAUCAUGGCCAGCAUGGAGCACCCCCACCUGGUGCGGCUCCUGGGCGUGUGCCUGAGCCCCACCAUCCAGCUGGUCACCCAGCUCAUGCCCCACGGCUGCCUGCUGGACUACGUCCAUGAGCACAAGGACAACAUCGGCUCCCAGCUGCUGCUCAACUGGUGUGUGCAGAUCGCCAAGGGGAUGAUGUACCUGGAGGAGAGGCGGUUGGUGCACAGGGACCUGGCCGCCCGGAAUGUUCUGGUGAAGUCGCCCAAUCACAUCAAGAUCACCGACUUCGGGCUGGCGCGCCUGCUGGACGCCGACGAGAAGGAGUACAACGCCGACGGCGGCAAGAUGCCCAUCAAGUGGAUGGCAUUGGAAUGUAUCCACUACAGGAAGUUCACCCACCAGAGUGAUGUGUGGAGCUAUGGCGUGACGAUCUGGGAGCUGAUGACAUUCGGGGGGAAACCAUACGACGGGAUCCCCACCCGGGAGAUCCCCGACCUCCUGGAGAAGGGCGAGCGUCUCCCCCAGCCCCCAAUCUGCACCAUCGACGUCUACAUGGUCAUGGUCAAAUGCUGGAUGAUCGACGCCGACAGUAGGCCCAAGUUUAAGGAGCUGGGGGCCGAGUUCUGCAGAAUGGCCCGAGACCCCCAGCGGUACCUGGUCAUCCAGGGUGAUGACCGUAUGAAACUGCCCAGCCCCAACGACAGCAAGUUCUUCCAGAGCCUUCUGGACGAGGAGGAGCUGGAGGACCUGAUGGACGCAGAGGAGUACCUGGUGCCACACGCGUUCAACAUCCCCCCUCCCUCCUACACGCCCCGCACACGCGUGGACUCCAACAGGAACCAGUUUGUUUACCAGGACAGGAGUUUCUCCGUGGAGGAGAUGUUGUCAUCGCACCCGCGCUCCAUGGCGACGGCGGCGGCGGCGGCGGCCGUGGCCCCCCCCUCCGGGUGCUCCCCCCUGGAGCAGGCGGGCGCGCAGAGCGCCGCCCUGGAGGACCCGCGCUGCAACGGCACCCUGCGGAAGCAGGCCUCGCCUCGGCCCGGCGAAGACAGCGGGGCCCAGCGCUACAGCGCCGACCCCACCGGCUUCCUGUCCGAGCGCGGGCCCCGGGGGGACACCGACGAGGACGGCUACAUGACCCCCAUGAAGGACCGCACCCCCUCAGCGGACUACCUGAAUCCGGUGGAGGAGAAUCCGUUCGUCACCCGCAGGAAGAACGGGGACGUGCACGCCCUGGAUAACCCCGGGUACCACAGCGCCCCCAACGGGCAGCCCAAGGUGGAGGACGAGUACGUCAACGAGCCGCUGUACCUCAACACCUUCCACAGUGCGGGCGGCGAGAAGGGCCAGGAGUUCCUCAAGAAGAACGGGAUCCCCCCGCCCCACGCCGCGGCCGUCACCGCGGCGACGGCCAAUCACCUCCCCCGCCCCGCCGCCCAGAGCUCCGCCCACAUGCCCCACGCCGGCCAAUCGGGACACAUCCACACCCAGUCCUCACACCCCGCCCACAUGAUGGGGCACCCCGUCCUGGCCCUGCACCCGGGCCACGCCCUGCUCCACCCGGGCCACCCCGCCCACACGGGCACCAUCCUGGCCGACAAGAAGCCCAAGAAGACCUUCGACAAUCCCGAGUACUGGCACCACAGCCUGCCUCCGAAGGCCACGCUGCACAACCCGGAGUACCUGCAGGAGUGCAACGCCAAGUUCUUCUACAAGCAGAACGGCCGGAUCAGGCCCGCGGUGGCCGAAAACCCCGAGUACCUGACCGAGUUCUCCCUGAAACCCGGCACGGUGCUGCCCCCCCCGCCCUACCGCCAGCGGAACACUGUGGUGUAGAGGGGAGAGCGCUGGGGUCUGCCCCUGCCCCACCUUUCCCCCCCAAACCCCCCCCCCCGUCCUCCUCUUCUCCUCCCGGUUCCAGUGCCAGUAAAAAAACCUCUGUCUCCUCCAACCUGGAACAACACAGCACCCGAAUAUCCACCACUGCCAUGUUCCCCCUCAAGGGGGUGCAGCGGGGACCUCCAAAGCCCCCCAUCACCCUCUCUUCCAGCUCUGAAGGACUUGGCCAAAACCCUACCGCCGAUCUUUUCCCCUCGUUCCAAACUCGCCGUGGCGACCGCCGCCCUUCCGGAAACGGAUGAUUCUCGACAGGGGGGGUCGUCCUUCUCCGACGGAGGCGGCCAUCUUGCCCUUCACCAGGCUGGAUACUCCCCUCCCCUCCCCUCCCCCUCUUUUCCCUUGAGACAGUGGGCUUUGUGAGUUCAAAGCAAUACGGAGGCACGCAGGUGUGUGACGUGACGUGACGUGGCGGGUACUCUUGCGAAUACAGGGUUGUGUCGGCAGCGUAUGGAACCGCGAGGCGGCUCACGCAGUGACAGAGGACACUGUCAUCGCUACGUAUUUACGUCCCCGGCCGCGAGACGCCAGAGUGCAGUCUUACAGCUGUAAUUCAUCGCCAACCGUUUGCCGCUGACAAGUAUUAAGGUUACUUUGGCAUUGUUCCUCACCAGCAUUUCUGUAAAAAAAAAAAAAAAACAGUUUUUUGUGGAUCCGUGAUCUCGCUCGGUGUUACAUACGGAAUGUAGAAUAAUGUGAUCCAUCCUUCCAACAAAAUGGCCUCUUUAGUGACAAGCACUUUGGCAAAGUAAGAUGGUUUAUGGUACUUUAUUUCACAUAAUGCGUUUGGAGUUCUUUGUAGCGCAGUUAACCGAACGCAUUUGCAGUCUCGAUUCACUUGUUGCACGCUCUUUGUUGUCGAGCACGCUCCGAUGCAGAAGUUCAUCUGCUUUCUGUUUUAAAACGAGUCUUCGUGCUAACGUAGCGGCAGUCGCGAUGGCAUUUGAAUUACAGCUUAAGGUAGCAGCUCUGUCAUCCCGGGCCCAGGAAACCCACGUUCGUGAGGACACGAUCGGUAUCGCCGAGAGAAAAGAAGAUGUAAUUUAACUUUGACACCUCGGCGGACUCGAAGAGACAAAUACGGUGUUUCCAGGCACUGUAAGUUUGUUGAAACUGCAAACAUCAAUGAUCUAUGGCCGGGGGAAGUGGCAGCGAAUGACUUCAUGGGUUUCAAAGGAAGAAAACAACCCUGGACCAACAACCGCCGAUCGGAUCUUUCUAGAACAUUCUACAAGCGCCGCUUGACUUCUUUUCCAGACUUGGGUUUCGGAUGCGGUGCCGCACAGUACGGCCGACGGGAAGCCAUUUCAUAUUUGUGUAUGACGAUCACUGUACAUACAAGCAAUGGACGAAGACGCAGACGGUGGAGGCCAUUUGGAUGGAACAGCUCAUCCUCCUGUGCACUGUAUACUGUAUAAAAAAAAGACACAAAAAUACAAGGAGCCCAGAGCAACUCCUAUUGGGCAGAGGGUGUGAAAAAGGGGUGGGGCUCAUAGUUUCUUCCCACUUGCUCUCCUCUUUGGACAAAACGCAAGAGUGCAGCAGAGGGAUCUGACAGCGCCCUCUGCUGGCCUGUAGCACACUAACGCCACUGUACCCGGAUAGGGUCCUCACGCCCGGGUGUCGUAGAUAAACCGGAUUGAACCGGAUUUAACCGGAUGAAACCGGUCAGGCUAGCGCCAGAGGGGCUGCAGACAGGCACACACAAGCGUAGGAGAGGACAGGGGAGGCGUUGUGGAAAUGCAGGCCUCGACGCUAUGAGAAAUGAGCCAUGAUCACUCUUCCUACCCUCCUCCCUCCACAGAGAGGGAUUUUCUAACUCAAAAAGGGUGAACAGGAGUCAAAAUGGAGUCUGUGGGAGGAGCCGGCGAAUAAUCUGACAGAGGCGGAAGGUGUAACGUAGGAAACGUGUGGCGCGAUUUUCAGACUGUUUUCUUUAUACUUUUACACGUGGAGAUCCGGGCCGAAGACAAGCUUGGUCUCACCCACGCCUGGCCUGGUUAUGCCCGAGGUGCACAGUGUCCUCUGGCCUUCCCCGGGAGGCUGACUGUAGCGCCAGUCCACAGAGUAAAGCUGUGCAGUGGCAUUAAGGGGGGUUCGCUCCAUCAAAUCGGUUUCAGUAAUAAAACACAAAGCUACACCAAUAGUGUAGAACUUUUUUAAAUAAAUAUAAUUAUGUGAAGAUACUGUCGAAAUGAACCAGAUACGAAGAAAAUCAUCAUGUCCGCUGUUGGCCGGCACCAUUUGUCUUUUUGAGAACACUGCCAGACGCUAAGCUUGCUGCUGUUCGGGGAUGCUUCCAUUUGACAUCACUAAUUUGGGGCUUUUUUUAUUUUACCUUAUAGAGCAUAACCCUCUGGGGCAGCCACAUAAUCUUAUUGUACUUUUACUUAAGGGACAGUUUGAUUUGUGAUUCAUUUCAAUAGUAUUUAAUCACUCUGCUUGUGGGAAAGCGUAUUUUCCAUAUCACAGAUGUUUUUACUGAAAAAAAGGUUUGUAAUUUAUUUGUUUUUAUGUGAUGAAGCACUUUAAUCACAUUGGAAGUGAAGAAAUUAUGACCAAGGUCAUUAAUAUUUGUGGUGGAAAAAAAAAAAAAAAAAACAUUUGUAAAACUGUGUAUUGGAAAGUUCAGGGAACUUGAACCUAUGGUUAUUUGAAAUAUACCAAACAUGGAUGUUAAUUUUAAUUCUUUAUGAAGAAAAAGAGGAUUGGUCAAAUUUAAAUUUCAACAAAAUAUUGUUUCCCUGCUGGGUGUAGAAUCGAAGGCUGAGAGCCAUCAUCCUGGGUUCAUCACUCUUACAGAUGUUCUGGUCUCGUUUCUGCGCGUAACAAUACAUCUACCCACAAUGCACCAGUUCAAAUGGAAUUAGUGAAAUGCACUUCCCUUGCCAGAAGGAGGUAUGAAUAUAGUGUAUAUCUUGUAGAUCUACCAUACCUUUACAAAAUGAACAAAAAGAAUGAUUCUGACAGUACCAGUAGAUAGUUUCCCAUUUAUGUGAUUAAUAUUAUUAUUAUUAUUAUUAUUAUUAUUAUUAUUAUUACUACAUCUAGUACCACUGUUCACCCAGAUGUUUUCAAAUGCUGGCAAUGCUAAUCUCCAGGUCUUUCAGUCAAGGUGUGUUGUCCGUGGGGAAUCCUCAUUGACCACAAUGUCCCUUUACUGUUGUCCCUCUCCGAGAGCUUCUGGAACAUUCUUCUAUUCUAUGAUGGCGGAUCAUUCUGUAAAAUUUGAAACCAUUUGACAAAUCAGCGUCUUCCCAAAGGGCCAGUAUCACAACCCCUCCUCAGUGCAGCAGACAGGCCUUCUAACGCUUAGGUGCGAAUGUAGAGGGAUGUCAUUCAGUGCCCCAUCUCGAGCUGAGGGAAACUGUUCUGUCCCGUUACUGAUUCCUCUCUAGCGCGCAAAUAUGGGCCCAUCUAAGGGUUAUUCAACUGAAGCUUCACUAGAAGAAAGUCAAUGAAUUGCCAUUUCACCACACUGGCUGCUCCAAACAGUCAUGGAGAUUCUCUUCUCAGUCGGCAUGGAAACUGGAGUUUGUGUUUUGUUUCGUUUUUUAUACGUAUGUAGCAUACACUGUUACUGAGGUUGAGUUGGCGAAACUUUUAUUUAAACGAAACAAGCAGCUAACUGAGGAACAACUCGAUCAAUAUCCAGCAUUGUAGCGUUGUAGAGAAAGGGGUGAAAGUGGCGUGUGUCUUCAAUAAAACGGGCUCCCCUGUAUUUUGAAAAUAUUCAUCCGCAAGGAACUUCCUCCAGAUAUUAGUGUGUUUAUUACGAUCCGCUCUUUCGUUCUGGUACAUCCACUCAAAUGAACUGUAAACGUAAACAUCGGUGGAUGCGAUGGGGGAGAUUUCAUACGAACUAUAACUAUUUAUAUCCAGGCAUAUUUAGAGUGGAUUCAACAGAAAUGCUGAACUUUUAAGGAUAUAUAUACACUCUAUUAGGACCACUUUAUUAGGUGUUGUGCAUUCAGAGAUGCUCUUCUGCAUACCACUAUUGUAACGUGUAGUUAUUUUACAGUCGUUUACUGUCAGCUUGAACCAUUCUGGCCCUUCUCCUCUGAGCACGUUCAUUAAGAAAGCAUUUUCACCCACAGAACUGCUGCUCACUGGAUUGUUUUUAUUCGUUUUUUGCACCAUCCUCUAUAAACUCCAGAGACUGUUGUGCAUGAAAUUUGCAGGAGAUCAGCAAUUUCUGGGAUACUCAAAUCACCCUGUCUGGCACCAACAAUCAUACCACGGUCAAAGUCACAUAAAUCACAUUUCUUUCCCUUUCAGAUGUUUGGUCUGAACAACAACUGAACCUCUUGACCACAUCUGCUUGCUUUUAUGCAUUGCAUUGCUGCCAGAUACUAGACAUUAGCAUUAACAAGCUGGUGUCCAGGUCUACCUAAUAAAGUGGUCACUGAGUGGAUUAUGUUUUCCUCACUUUCCGUAUUGAUUUGUAAUAAUGAUAAAUGGUUUUUUUUUUUGCGAUAGGCUGAGAAUAUAAAGCCUUGCUUUCUGUUUUAAUAGAGCUUCCUGGAUUGGUUCACCAGCUGAGUGUACUCUCUCACCAGGGUUCACUGUUUAGUGUCAAUGUUGAUGUUUGAUGUAUCGCCAGACAGAACCUAUUUGCUUGUUUUGCUUAUUCUUGUCAUUCUUUCACUGACAUCAGUGACAUUAUAUUCCCCCAUCCACCAUGUCUUCUGUAGUUUGGUAAUAUCCAAAGCUGGAUAAUAGUCAUGAUUUACCAAUGAUUAAGAAGCAAACUGGUGGAAAAUUAAGACAGCUCUCUAGUGACUGAGGAACAAAUCAAAUGUUUGUAUGUAAUGCAAAUUACUUUUUUUUUUUUCUCUCCAUAACUCGUUGAGCCUAUAGCACACUGAAUAAGCUUUGUUGCAGCCCAUUAGUGUAGUUCCUCCUUUGGUGGGGUAACAGAAACAAUACAGGCCAUAACAGCCAAUAAGAACAUUCUGUAGAGAACUUCAGCAACAAGCAAGCGGUAAUGAUGGGUAAGCUUCCGAAGGCCCUUAUUGGUCAGCAUUGUCUCAGAACAAAUAUGAUUGGUCCACGUUAUCAUUGAUGCUAUAGCUCCACCCACUUUGGAAUAAACUCCUUCUCCCAGUACUAGAAGCUGGUUAUGAGCAAGCUAUCAGUCUACUUUGAGAACUAUUGUUUUUAUUUUCAGGGAUAAAGACAUGGGUUUGUGCUGAGGGGCAUUUUCAUCAUUCAUUUGUACACAAAUUAGAAAUUACGUUCGUCAUUUUGUUUUUAUACUUUAUGCAAUUCUUUCAAAUGGCACAAUUUCCUUGUCGUUAUUUUAUUGUUCAUAAAACUUAACUGCCUCUUCUUAUGCUGAAAACAUCUCUUACAUCACAAUUGCCAGAAAUAUUGUACACUAAAUUUUGUUUACAGCUUUUUACAAGAUUUUAAUAUCACACUGACAUAUUUGGAGGAAGUGUUUGUUUUUAUUACACAGUUGUAUGGACUGGUUGUUCCUCAAGAUUUACUACUGUAUGUUAACCAAGAAAAUGUGAAUAGUAUUUUUAUAGAGUGCUGAUGAAUCGGCCGGGUGCAUUUGUAAAUAAGGGGAACGUCAAUUUUGGAUUUUCUUCUCUUUUUUUUUCUGUUCAUUUUUUUUUUUCAGCACCACAAAAAAUUGGGUUUAUUUGAACGUAAUUGUCUGUUAGUGAUCUGAUUUUUACUGUAUAUAUCUGUAAUUUGGAUUGUGAACUUUGUUUUUUGAGUAGCUCGUGAUUUCUCCCUCUUUUUCCUCGUGACUGUAUUUAGCACAAAUGGGUGGACUUUGUGUUUGGUACCUCCACACGCUCCCUCGUGAUAGAGCUGCUUUAGCUGUGGGUCAUCUCCCCCCCCUCCGAGCUUCCCCUCUCUCCUCCUCUCCUCUCCUCUCUCUCUCCUCCUUUCCUCCUCCUCUCCUCUCUCCUUUUUAUCUUUUGUACAGACUCCAGCCAUAGGAACUGAGGCACAGUUGCAAUACUCAUGAUCAUUGUACCCAGUCUGUAAGCACCAACAACACCCUCUGCA